GUUCAUUACGUAUUUCCUGUGUAGGUUGGCAGGAGGAAAAGCAGCAGGCGACGCCGGAGUGUAUUUAUUGAGUUGGAUCAAGAAGGUCGUUGCUGCAAAUGAGAACGUGUUCUCAGUCAACUUAUCUGGUAAAAUAACGGUAAAAUAAAAAUAACUAAAAUCAUGAAGAAACAGGACACACAAGAGUCGUCCACGCAGGGCAGUGAUGCAGCACCUGGCACGGUAGAGAUGGAGGGAAGCAAGGCUGCAAAAGAUGUUCCAGAGACCAGUAGACCAAAAGACGUUACAGACGCUGGCAGCCCUAAAGAGCAAGAUCAGGACAUACCUUCACAAGCUGAUGGGGCUGAAAGUGCAGCAGAGUCUGCAGCCGUCCCCACGGUCCCACCUGUAGCAGACCCUGUACCAGUCCCAGUCUCCACUGUAGCAGACCCUACCCCAGUCCCAGUCUCCACUGUAGCAGACCCUACCCCAGUCCCAGUCUCCACUGUAGCAGACCCUACCCCAGUCCCAGUCUCCACUGUAGCGGACCCUGUACCAGUCCCAGUCUCCACUGUAGCAGACCCUACCCCAGUCCCAGUCUCCACUGUAGCAGACCCUACCCCAGUCCCAGUCUCCACUGUAGCAGACCCUACUCCAGUCCCAGUCUCCACUGUAGCAGACCCUGUCCCAGUCUCCACUGUAGCAGACCCUACCCCAGUCCCAGUCUCCACUGUAGCAGACCCUACCCCAGUCUCCACUGUAGCAGACCCUGUACCAGUCCCAGUCUCCACUGUAGCAGACCCUACUCCAGUCCCAGUCUCCACUGUAGCAGACCCUACCCCAGUCUCCACUGUAGCAGACCCUACCCCAGUCCCAGUCUCCACUGUAGCAGUCCCAGUCUCCACUGUAGCAGAUCCAGUCUCCACUGUAGCAGACCCAGUCUCCACUGUAGCAGACCCAGUCUCCACUGUAGCAGACCCAGUCUCCACUGUAGCAGACCCAGUCUCCACUGUAGCAGACCCAGUCUCCACUGUAGCAGACCCAGUCUCCACUGUAGCAGACCCAGUCUCCACUGUAGCAGACCCAGUCUCCACUGUAGCAGACCCAGUCUCCACUGUAGCAGACCCAGUCUCCACUGUAGCAGACCCAGUCUCCACUGUAGCAGACCCAGUCUCCACUGUAGCAGACCCAGUCUCCACUGUAGCAGACCCAGUCUCCACUGUAGCAGACCCAGUCUCCACUGUAGCAGAGGGGGUGUCGUCUCAGUGUGACAUGGCUGAGGAGCUGAGCCGCCAGCUGGAGGACAUCCUCAACACCUACUGCCUGGAGGACAACGGGGAGGACGGGGUUAACCUGCCCAAUGGCCAAUCACACUGCCCCGUGCUCAAUGGCCUGGCCAAUGAGAAGGAGUUGGAUAUCAAGCGGUCGGAGGUCAAAGUGAACUCCGGCGGCGCGGAGAAAGUGAAGAUUCAAGAGAAGAAGAAGGUGAAGGGGCUGGGUAAAGAGAUCACCCUGCUGAUGCAGACCCUGAACACUCUGAGUACACCGGAGGAGAAACUGGCAGGCCUCUGUAAGAAGUAUGCUGAACUGCUGGAGGAGCAGCGGAACAAUCAGAAGCAAAUGCGUGUCCUGCAGAAGAAACAGUCUCAGCUGGUGCAGGAGACAGACAACCUGAGGAACGAACACAGCAAGGCCAUCCUGGCACGCAGCAAACUGGAGUCACUCUGUAGGGAGCUGCAGAGACACAACCGCACACUCAAGGACGACGGGUUGCAGCGUGCACGUGUGGAGGAGGAGAAGAGGAAGGAAGUGACAUCACACUUCCAGGUGACUCUGAAUGACAUCCAGGCCCAGAUGGAGCAGCAUAACGAGAGGAAUGCCAGUCUGAGGCUGGAGAACUCUGAGCUGGCAGAGAAGCUCAAGAAACUCAUCCAGCAGUACGAACUACGAGAGGAGCACAUUGACAAAGUGUUCAAGCAUAAGGAACUUCAGCAACAGUUGGUGGAUGCUAAGCUACACCAGGCUCAGGGUCUGCUCGUAGAGUCAGAGGACCGCCAUCACAGAGAGAAGGACUUUCUGCUGAAAGAAGCGGCAGAGUCUCAGAGGAUGUGUGAGCUGAUGAAGCAGCAGGAGGUGCAUCUCAAACAGCAGCUGUCCUUAUACACAGAGAAGUUUGAGGAGUUCCAGACCACUCUUUCAAAGAGCAACGAGGUGUUCACCACAUUCAAACAGGAGAUGGAGAAGAUGACGAAGAAGAUCAAGAAGCUGGAGAAGGAGACGACCAUGUAUCGCUCCAGGUGGGAGAGCAGCAACAAGGCCCUGCUGAACAUGGCUGAGGAGAAAACUGUGCAGGAGCGUGAGUUUGAAGGCCUCCAGGGAAAGGUAGGGAGGCUGGAGAAGCUUUGUCGGGCGUUACAGAACGAACGCAACGAACUCAGCAAGAAGGUCCAGGGCCUGAGCGCCGGCCCCGAGGACGACACCAACCCAGGAGAUGAAUCCACCUCCCUCCCCACCAUAGACUCCCAGGAGCCCAGCCUAGACCCCGACACCACCACCCCUAGUUCCCCCACACCCUGCUGCCACUUCAGCCCAGAGUUGGACACUGAGAACCAGGCCUGUGCAGAGGAAUGAAACCUCUCGCCUGGGCAACAACGCUCACACUCUCCUCUUCACCAACCAACUACCAGCCUCCAAGCCACUACUAACGUAGGCGUUAAGAGUGUGGGUCAAGAAUAAGAUGAAGUUGUCCCCUAACCACAGAUCUAGGAUCAGUUUAUAUUUGGUCCAUCCUAACUUAAAACCCAAUAGGGCGGUGCAAGAAAAUCUGAUCCUGGAUCUGCAGUCAGGUAGCAGCUUCUACUAACUCUGGUUCCCCCCUGGAGAGUUGAAGGUGAUGUCAGUCAGGGAAGACUGUGCCGCCUUGAAGGUUCUUAUCCUGCGUUUUGUUUUUUUGUCCGUUCCUUUGAGAACUCCUGUAAACAAUGUUCAUGUAAAUCACAAGCUAAAGAAAGUCUGUGCCCCAAUGGCACCCUAUUCCCUACAUAGUGCCCUAUAUUUCACCAGAACCAUAUGGGAAUGGGAUGCGUUGGCACCCUAUUCCCUAAAUAGUGCCCUAUAUUUCACCAGAACCAUAUGGGAAUGGGAUGCGUUGGCACCCUAUUCCCUAAAUAGUGCCCUAUAUUUCACCAGAACCAUAUGGGAAUGGGAUGCGUUGGCACCCUAUUCCCUAAAUAGUGCCCUAUAUUUCACCAGAACCAUAUGGGAAUAGGAUGCGUCACAAUUGGCACCCUAUUCCCUACACAGUGCCCUAUAUUUCACCAGAACCAUGUUGGACUAGGAUGCGUCACAAUUGGCACCCUAUAUAGUGCCCUAUAUUUCACCAGAACUCUAGAUGAUGUUGGACCAGAAGAGUAUUUAGUAGGUGUGUGCGUGUCUCCAUCUGUCUUUUUUUUGUGUGUGUGUGUCCGUCAUAUAGAGAGACAGUGAAGCUGCAGAUGUCUGGCCACAGUUAGACUUCAACCCAGAGCAUGUAGGGAUCACCUUUUCAGUUCAGAGAUCAGUGUGUAUAUCUCUAGGUUGGGGAUGUCACUUUCUUUCAUUCUGUUGUGGAUAUCGUUGUUUAUCCCAGAACCAGAGGUAUGGAGCCAUUCUGUUGUAGAUAUCGUUGUUUAUCCCAGAACCAGAGGUCCAGAGCAUUAAUGGAUUCAUUCUGUUGUAGAUAUCGUUGUUUAUCCCAGAACCAGAGGUCCGGAGUGUUAAUGGAUUCAUUCUGUUGUAGAUAUCGUUGUUUAUCCCAGAACCAGAGGUCCAGAGCGUUAUUGGAUUAUGUACGUAUUCUUUAGGAAUCUUGCACAAUCGGUGGAUCCACACAAAGUACUCUUAAACCAGGGGUGUGUAAUCUCUAGGAACCAACAGGGAAGGGACUAAACUGAACUUGUUUCAAUAAGAAACGUAUUUUCCGUUGCAAAAUGUUUCACUACGGUGUGCACUACUGAAUACACCCCAAGAAUAACCUUGUGUUUGGGUUUGUUUCUUUAUAUCAUGUUACACAGCAGAGUUUGUAGACUGUUUCAUAUGUGAUUUUAACACCUGUGUGUAUCUAAUGGAGAAACACCACUAUAUAGACAUCAGUCCAUUUUCUUUUCUUAAUUGUGAAGUAAUUGAGAUUUUUUAUUUUUUUCGUCCAUCAUUCCCACAAUAUGCAUGUAUCCAUUCCACUAUAUAUAUUUUCAAAUGUCAUUUUACAACAUUUGAUCCGAUGGAAUGUUUUUUUCAUGCUCCCUUUCCUUGCUAUCACGACCAUGUAUAUGCUUAAGAUGUAAGAUUCCAUAAGCACUGAAACAGAUAAUGAAAUGUACUGACCAAGGUGGCUGCCAAUCAUUUCAUUCCUGUGUGUGGGUGAGUAAACGUAUCCUAGCAAGGUUGUUGAAUCACAACUCGGAUAGUUCGAUUUGUUAAUCAGGUGCGGUAAUACUGAUAUUUUAACUGAUAUUUCUAUGCAACCCCAGCCUCGCUAUUUAAUUUUGUGACAGUUUGAUUUGACAAGAACUUAAUAACUGAGAAUAUAUUAUCCACUCCAGUCCUCACACACUGUUCUGGGGUGUAUUCACUAAUAACCAAACGUUAGGAAACAGAAUGUAACCGGGAGGGAACUACCUGAAUUCAUCCAAUAGAAUCUUGUUUUUGGUUGUAAAAUGGUUUGUGAAGGUGUACACUAAUGAAUACACCCCCAGACGUAAACACUCAGUUGACCCGAACCACAGAUCUAGGAUCAGAUUACUCUAGUCCAUUCCUAACCACAGAUCUAGGAUCAGAUUACUCUAGUCCAUUCCUAACCACAGAUCUAGGAUCAGAUUACUCUAGCCCAUUCCUAACCACAGAUCUAGGAUCAGAUUACUCUAGUCCAUUCCUAACCACAGAUCUAGGAUUAGAUUACUCUAGUCCAUUCCUAACCACAGAUCUAGGAUCAGAUUACUCUAGUCCAUUCCUAACCACAGAUCUAGGAUCAGAUUACUCUAGUCCAUUCCUAACCACAGAUCUAGGAUCAGAUUACUCUAGCCCAUUCCUAACCACAGAUCUAGGAUCAGAUUACUCUAGUUCAUUCCUAACCACAGAUCUAGGAUCAGAUUACUCUAGUCCAUUCCUAACCCUGACCAUUGGGAAGGUGAAACAACUGACCCUGUAUCAGUGGUUAGUGGCAAUGUCUACCUUCUCCUAUAUAAACUGUGUAGUGUUCAAGUUGACAUGGUUAUGACUCUGGUGCCAGUCAGUGUGUUACCCAUACUGUUUUAAAAAAGGAAGACAUAUUUUCUGUUCUGUACACUUGUUGAACGGGAAGUUUAUUUUCACUAUCAAGAGUUAUGUCGGAGGAAGAAUAGGUACGAUUAUUUCAAUGAAAGUCUGCAUAAAUUGUCUUUCUGUCGUGUACACUUGCUGUGUCUCCCAUGUUUCAGAUUGUAGCAUUGGUCCGGGUCAGGGUCCGGGGGCUGCAGUUUGAGGAAUGCAAUAUUUGUCUUUAUCUUAUUUCUUUCAUAAUCACACAGUUUAAUCACAAGACAACCCUUAUUUCCUUUGUCUCCUAAGACUGACUCACUGUAUCUUGAUCCUCGCUGGUUUUUAGAGAUUCGGCCAUGUUGAUCAAUAGUUCUUUCUAUUUUCCUAUACUUUUGUCUUAUCCUGUGUACUUAAUUACUUGCUCAUUAAAAUAUGUAUCUGUUA